AUGGCAGGAGAAGUGCGACAGCCCAUUGACAUUCCCUCGCUGGAGCGGUACAUCGACCAGAAUGUACCAGCUCUGAAGACCCCAUUAGAUGUGAAGCAGUUCGGAUUCGGCCAAUCCAACCCAACCUACCAGCUGACGACCGCCGACGGCAAGAAGUUUGUCCUGCGGAAGAAGCCCCCCCGGAAAGCUGCUCUCGAAGACAGCACACAAGCACUCUGUCUUUGCGAAGACAACGAUGUAAUUGGCACCCCAUUCUACAUCAUGUCGUUCCUCGACGGGCGACACUUCACCGACCCAGCCAUGCCAGGCGUCAGUGGUGAGGAGCGCAAAGCACUAUGGAAAUCCGCCAUUCAAACGCUAGCCAAAUUCCACCGGGUCGUGCCCAAGUCAGUUGGCCUCGAGAAGUUCGGCAAGCCAUCAGGCUUUUAUGACCGACAAAUCGCAACCUUUACCACAAUCUCACGGGCUCAGGCCCAGGUCCUCGACGCAGACAGCAAGGAGCCCGUCGGCGAACUGCCACACUUCGAAGACAUGGUGCGCUUCUUCUCGCAGAAGUCGUCGCAGCCGCGGGAUCGGGGCACCCUGGUCCACGGCGACUACAAGAUCGACAAUCUGAUCUUCCACCACACGGAGCCUCGAGUCAUUGGCAUCCUCGACUGGGAAAUGGCGACGGUCGGGCACCCGCUGUCGGACUUUUGCAACGUCACCAGUCCGUACAUCCUCGAGGGGGCAGAUUCGUCGACCGAGUCGUUCCAGGCCGGGCGGACGCCGGGUCUGCCAUCGCGUGAGGAAUGCAUGCGCUGGUACCAUGAAGUGUCGGGAUACGAUCCUGUGGGCGAUAUCGUUUGGGGAGAUGCAUUUUUUGCUUUCCGAGGCUCCGUCAUCAUGCAGGGCAUUGCGGCCCGGUUCGCGGCGCGACAGGCUAGCAGUGCGAGGGCCAGCGAUUACGGGAGUCGGGCCAAACCGUUUGCCCUUAGCGCCUGGCACCGCGUGCAACAGGUGCAGCAGAAGGGUAAAUUGUAA